AUGCAGUUCUUCAACGCCAUCAUCGUUUUCGCCUCGCUUGCUGCUGCUGCGCCUGCCGCUGGUAACGCGCCUGCUGUUGAGGCCAGACAGGCUACUACCAAUACCCCUUGCGGCAGCAACAUCCAGCCCGUCUGGAACACCGGCAACUAUGGAAAGGGCGAUGGCGGUUGGGGUUGCACCAACCUCAACAGCAACGGCGUCUGCAACUCUUACUUCUGGAAGACCGACCUUCCCUACUGGAGCUGCCCUUAA